GCUAGUUUCAGGGGAGGGUCUGGGCCCGCCCCUGGGGUAGUGAUCUGUGUCACUGUGGAGUGGUGGUGUGGGGGACCCUUGGUGCAGUAGCAGGUGGCAGCAUUGAAGCUGGGGUCCCUGUGUGGGAUGGUGGCUUUGAGGGGUGCUAUUUAGAUCUGGACUCUUGCUUUGGGGGUUUGGCAGACCCAUGGGGCAGAGCGGGGAGGGUGAGCAGACAGGGCCUGCCCCAGGGGGUGCUGAGCAGUCAUGGCUCCCCUUGGGUUCAACUGUGUGGGGUGCUCAGCACCUUGCAGGAUCUGGGCUAAAGGCCACUAGAUUCUAGCAGAGUUCAGACUUUGGAACGGUAGCAUCUAAACUGAUCCCAGUUGGGCCUUGAAGUUCCCACCUCACUGGGGGACUGAGAUGUCAGGCGGCAGAAUUCAUGGUGUCCUUCUGUGAUGCCGUUCAUCCACACGGCUCACUGCGCUGUGUGGAGCUGGUGGAUGCUGGUAUCCUGGUUUAGCAGGGAGACACAGCUGGUGUUACUUGCCCAGAGUCACUUAAAAAAAAUGAGGGGUAGCUAGGAAAUAAACCCUGGGGGCAAAUCUUCAUCUGGUGUAAACUGCCACAGCUCCACUGGAGGGUUUACCUCCUGGACUGAGCAUGUGCCCUAGCCACUAGCCCUCACUGCCCUCCUUCCCUGCUGCUGUUUAGCUCAGUGGUUCUCACCCCUGCAGCUGCACCCAGCUCAGAAUUUCUGCGGGGAAAGAGAGGCUUGUCCUGACCAUAUUGUUCCAACAGGGACAGGUCUGAGCGCAUCCAGGCUGGAAUGUGCUGGCCUGGCUAAGAGCUACCCCCAUGUCCUCCUUUCUAGGAAGGGGCCGGAGUUUCUCACUGCUGUCUCUUUCCCCUAGCAACUCCCCUCCAGUUCCCCUGAGCCCACACAGCGCAGAGCCCAUGCCAGGCGACCUGCGAGCAGGCAUUAGUCCUGGCACUGACAAUGCAACGUGGGCUGCUGGCUCACUUCUUCUUUCCCCUGGGCUAAGCUGGCUCCUCUCCCACAAGAGGAGUUGCUUUGCAGUAGAAAGGCUGAGGUCAUGGGGAGGAGGAGAAUGGCAGGAAGAGUGGAAAGAGCAGGCGGCUGUGCGAGCUCCGGCUUGUCUAAACUUGUCGCCUUUGCAUUUCUCCGCUGAGGCCGGCCGCGAGGAGCAGCCCUAGCCCCCCCCAGUCUGCGAAGGAGCUCCAGGCAGGAUAGCCCCUAUGGGGCCGGAGAGGAACAGCAAUGCCUGGGAUGCAGUCCAGGACUUAGGCUCUGCAGGAGAGUGCUGGAAACACAUAUUCACCAGCCUGACCCAGAGUGCAGCAGGCUAAAAUUCCCCCCCCCCCGGCCUCCCCGUCAGCACGCUCCCUGGGCCGGUAGCCACCGUCAGAUGAUUACAAGUGGAUUAGCUGGACGUAUCCAUUGACCGACACAGGGUACUAGACCGCAUUUGGGAGAGACACACUGCUCUUAUGGACCAAGGACUGAGCCCAGACUAACCAAACAUCCUCUGAGGCAGAGUGGCCAUUGCUGCAGGGGAGCAAUGGCCCCCAAACGCAAGGCGCCUGCCAAGGCCCAGACCCAGGACAAGAAGGUGAAGCAGGAGUCAGAGGAGGACAGCGUCCGCUCCACCGUGGAGGCGCUGAAGACCGCUCCCAAGGAGAAGCUCAAAGCCAAGAUCGACUCUGCCUGCCAGCUGAGCAAUGGCAGUGAUGCCCAGAUCCAUGAGGAUUACGACUGCAUGUUGAACCAGACCAACAUCGGAAACAACAACAACAAGUUCUACAUCAUCCAGCUCAUCGCUCACAAUGGCAGCUACAGCUGUUGGAACCGCUGGGGUCGCGUGGGGGAGGUGGGACAGUCAAAGCUCAGCCCCUUCCCUUCCUUGGAAGCCGCCAAGAAGGACUUUGAGAAGAAGUUCCGGGAGAAGACCAAGAACAGCUGGGCUGAGCGGGAGAACUUUGUGGCCCACCCUGGCAAGUACACCCUGAUCGAGGUGCAGCAUGGGGCUGAGGAGGAGCAGGAGGUGACCGUGAAGGUGGACAGCGUGGAUGGAGGGAAGUGCUUCAAGCAGAGGACGCUGCCCUGCAGCCUGGACAAGGCCACCCAGGAGUUGGUCUCACUCAUCUUCAGCAAUGACAUGUUCAAAGAGGCCAUGCAGACCAUGAAUAUCGACGUGAAGAAGAUGCCGCUGGGGAAGCUGAGCAAGCAGCAGAUCGCCAAGGGCUUCGAGGCCCUGGAGGCCAUUGAGACGGCUCUGCAGGAGCAGCCACUGUCCUGCAGGCAGCUGGAGGAGCUGUCGUCCCGCUUCUACACCAUCAUCCCCCACAGCUUCGGCCGCGCCAGGCCCCCUCCCAUCAACACGCAGGAGAUCGUCCAGGCCAAGAAGGACAUGUUGCUGGUGCUGGCAGACAUUGAACUGGCCCAGAGCCUGCAGGCACAGAAGAAAGAGGAGGAGGAGGUGAAGGUGGAGGAAGUGCCUCACCCGCUGGACAAGGACUAUGAGCUUCUGAAGUGUGAGCUCACCCUGGUGGACCCGGCGUUGGAGGAUUACCAGGUGAUCCAGACCUACGUAGAGAAGACUGGGGUGAGCCACCGGAAGGUCAAGAUCCUGAACAUCUGGAAGGUGAAGAGGGAGGGAGAGAGCGAGCGCUUCAAGGCUCACGACAACCUGGAGAACCGGCGCCUGCUGUGGCAUGGCACCAACGUGGCCGUCGUAGCCGCCAUCCUCAAGAGCGGCCUGCGCAUCAUGCCGCACUCCGGCGGGCGUGUAGGCAAGGGGCUUUACUUCGCCUCUGAGAACGGCAAGUCGGUGGGAUAUGUGAGCUGCACCUCCCAGGGGGUCGGGAUCAUGUUCCUCAACGAGGUGGCCCUAGGCAAGGAGUAUCGGAUCACCCAGGAUGACUCAUCAUUGCGCAAGGCCCCCCCGGGGUAUGACAGUGUGAUCGCCUGUGGUCGGACUGAGCCAGGUGAGUGCGCUCCCCGAUCUGCCCUCCCCACUGGGGGCUGCCACCCGCCUGUGGGGAGGUGGAGGGGGUGGGGAUUCAGAAUGGGAGCAGGCUGGAGGUGCUGGCAAUGGCGGGGCAUGACAGAGAUGACGGGGAUUUGGAGCUGGAGAUGGGGGGAUGGUGGAGAGUGGGAUUUUGGAGAUGGGAUAAGUGGGGGUCUCGCACAGCCUGGUGCUGGCAGUUCUUGGCCCAGUCCCAUGCGCUAACCCCUUCUUUGUCCCACCCUCCCCAGACCCUGCUUGUGACCGAGAGCUGAUGGUUGAGGGCAGGAAGGUGCUGGUGCCGCAGGGGAAACCCAUCCCCAUGGCCAAGUACCAGGACUCCU